AAAAGGUUUUGCAUCACCCCCAAGAAACUAUACGCACCACCACCUAAUCCAGGUGGGGCAGUCUUGCCAUGCCAUGAGAUGCUUACAGAAGCAGAUUACAGACGAGGAUAAUGAAGUUACUUGUUCCUUCACCAUAACUCUCUGGAAGGUGGGAGGCACCAAUGUCAGGGAAUUAUGUAGGUUAAUAAUAAGCAGCUUCACCACAUUCCCAGGAGAAGGAAAAAUCAAGGGGACGAAGACGAUAAUAAUGGAUAAGAUCGAGUGUUAUUGUAAAUGUUUAUUGUAAUUGUGUUCGUCAACGCUGUAUUUCGUCGGUCAUGACAAUAAAGCUCUUUGAAUUUGAAUCAGGCACCAUUUACAGAGAACUACAAUAACCACGAUGCAUUAGUAUUAUCUCAUGCUCUGGGAGACGUGGAACUUACAGCGUCUGUUUUGGAAGCAUCUGCGAUUUUACUGAGCUUGGGUGGAACUGGAUCUUGACAUGGAUAUUUCUUACGUUUCUUGUUGAGGAAGACCACAAAGCGGUGAUACAUUUGUUAAAGUAAAUCGCAGAUAUUGGACUUAAAUUAAUUUUCAGGUUGAUAGCACGUUUUCAAGGUGCAAAUAGCUACACUUUUACUAUAUUCUAUAAUUACGGACCUCUAUAUUGUAGCUUAACCUGUCAAACCAAUGUUAACUCGCUGACAGCGACGAUGGCUGAAGGGAGAUGGAGUAGUCUGGAAUCUGCUGUUAUUAACAGUUUGAGGAAGUUUAGAGACAGGUAUUUCCAAAUUGCUACGAAAAAUGAAAUGACUGAAGGAAAUUCAGAUCAAGAAAAAAUAACAAGGACAUGCUACUUGGACAGUUUACCGGUGGAUAUCCAGUUUUAUGUCAUGUCUUUCCUGACCCCUCAAGACCUGUGCCAGCUGGGCAGCACCAGCCAGUACUGGAGCUCUGCCGUGCGAGAUCCAGUCCUGUGGAAAUACUUCCUUCUCAGAGACAUCCCUUCCUGGUCCUCCAUCGACUGUACCUCCCUGCCAGAUUUAGCGACUCUCCACAAACCCUUACAUGAGAGCACAGAGAGUUAUCCAGACUUCAUGGCAGAGUAUUUAAGAUGUUACCCAGCAUCAAGAAGACGAUCAAGACCUCUCAGACCGAGAUAUAGGGCGGUAACAUCAUUCUUUCACUCCCUGGUGGUUAACUCCGAGCCCUGCUUUGCCAUGUUUGGCCCCGGCUUGGAGCAACUGGAUGUCUCAUACGUGCGGAAAAUGAUGACCUCUCCAGAUGUGUUACCUAUUGCGGGCUUUCCUCAAAGACAGAUUAAUGGUGUUGGAUCUGGAAUAAGCUUCAGGUUUAAUAACCAGCAGACAUUUAACAUUAUAACAUUGUACUCGGAAACAAAGAAAGAAAGGGAGAGGGCUCGGCUUGAACAGCACAGCGUCCAGAGCAAACUGUUCCUGCGGGAGGCAGACAGCAAGGCAGAGCGUUCCACAGCAAAGUACACGGCAAUGCCACACGUCCAGGAGGUGUGCAGAGUUGUGAAUGGUUUCAUCUAUGUGGCCAAUGCGGAAGAGAACGGAGGUGCGGACCGUGAAGAAGAAUUGGCCCAAAUUCAAGCCAUGAUUGACCCGGCCUGGGGGCCGUCCACUCGUCCCUUGCUGGUGCUGUCCUGCAUUUCCAGGGAGGGAUGCAGGAGAAUUCCUUGUGUAAACAUGGCUGAGCAGUUGCACCUGAAACAACUUCCGAACCCUUGGCUGGUCCAGGACUCUGAAGCUGAAUCACUAAAUGGAUUUUUAAAUGGAAUAGAAUGGCUUUUGGGAGAAAUUGGGAUAAAUGUUUAGAUCAUUCAGAGUAACCUUUCAUGCUUUUGGAAAUUGUAAAUAUUAACACAACUCUUAAAAGAAAAGAACAGGUAAAAAUAUUUGUGAAGACUACACCUCUUUUAUAUAUCAGAGACUUAAUAUGCAAAUUUUAUGUUUGUAUUUGGAAAGAAGUGAUUGGCAUAGUUCAGAACUUUUUUGAAUCUGUAGGCAUCAUCGCUUCAGGUGAUAAUAAGUGGAAACCUGCUCGAUGUCAAGGAUACCAUGAUGCUCCUAUUGUGGAUGUGUCAACUCAGUGAAUUGUCACUAAGGUGUACUGUAUAAUUACAGAUUGAAGCUGUUUUCUUUCUCUGGUAUUACUGUUGGCAUUUUAAGGUUUGACAGUCCACAUGACAGAAUCAAAACCUUAAUUACUGCUCCUGUUCCCUGUUACAGGGAAGUGUUCCCAAUCACUAACCCUCAUUUAACCCAGCACUAUCCCACUUAAUGCAGGGUCUGUUGUUAUCUGGGGUUUAUUGCACUGUAGCACUGCAUUAUUGCAUACCAGCACGAUUAUAAUGCUUCUAUCCAGCCUCUAAGGUCUUUCAGAAAUAAAUGUACCUUUUAAUGAAGUGAA